AUGGGAGAGAGAGAAGAAGAAGCAGAAGGUGUGGAUAAGGCAAGGAUUCCUCUGUUAAGGGAUGAAGAUGAAGCGAAGGAGGAAGAUGGAGAAACAAAGAGAGAGAUAUGGAUGGAGACAAAGAAGCUAUGGCGUAUCGUUGGACCAGCCAUAUUCACCAGAGUCUCGACCUACUCGAUCUUUGUCAUCACUCAGGCCUUUGCUGGCCACCUCGGCGAGCUCGAACUCGCCGCCAUCUCCAUCAUCAAUAACGUCAUCAUCGGCUUCAACCUCGGCCUCCUCCUUGGAAUGGCAAGUGCGUUGGAAACGCUGUGCGGUCAAGCGUUUGGAGCGAAGAAGUAUGAGAUGUUGGGAGUGUAUAUGCAGCGAUCUUGGAUUGUUCUCUUCUUAUUCUCAAUCUUGCUCCUCCCUAUGUACUUCUUUGCGUCUCCGAUUCUUAAGUUCUUCGGCCAGCCUGACGACAUCGCCGAGCUCUCUGGUACCAUCGCUGUUUGGGCCAUUCCUACCCAUUUCGCGUUUGCCUUCUUCUUCCCUCUCAGCCGAUUCUAUCAAUGUCAGCUCAAGAAUAAGGUGAUUGCAAUUUCGUCUGCUGUGGCACUUGUAGCUCACAUAUUUGUGUGCUGGCUUUUUGUGUACGGUCUUAAACUUGGAGUCAUAGGGACCAUGGCUACUGUUAAUUUGUCAUGGUGGCUCAAUGUCUUCAUCUUAUUUACUUACGCCACUUGCGGCAAUUGUCCACUAACUUGGACCGGUUACUCCAUCGAAGCUUUCACCGAACUAUGGGAAUUCGCUAAGCUCUCUGCUUCCUCUGGACUCAUGCUUUGCUUGGAGUAUUGGUAUUAUAGGAUUUUGAUUGUGAUGACUGGAAAUCUGGAGGAUACAAAAAUUGCUGUCGAUGCUUUGUCUAUAUGCAUGUCGAUAAAUGGUUUGGAGAUGAUGAUUCCACUUGCUUUCUUUGCCGGGACCGGUGUACGAGUGGCGAAUGAAUUAGGAGCAGGCAACGGGAAAAAGGCAAGAUUUGCAAUGAUCAUAUCAGUGAUGCAAUCAUUAAUCAUUGGAAUAAUAUUUUCGGUGCUCGUAGUAUAUCUUCGUGAUCAAAUUGGUUGGAUUUUCUCUUCAAGUGAAAUUGUAAUAAACGCAGUGAAUAAUCUCUCCAUUCUUUUAGCCUUUACGAUUCUGCUCAACAGUGUCCAACCGGUUCUUUCCGGAGUUGCGGUUGGUUCGGGUUGGCAAUCAUUCGUGGCAUACAUAAAUUUAGGAUGUUACUAUUUCAUUGGACUUCCGCUUGGAUUUGUCAUGGGUUGGAUUUUCAAGUCUGGUGUUAGAGGCAUUUGGGCUGGUAUGAUAUUCGGAGGAACCACGAUUCAGACUUUGAUAUUAAUUUUUAUAGUUAUGAGAUGUGACUGGGAGAAAGAGGCACAUAAAGCAAGUGUUCGCGUUGAAAAAUGGUCAAAUUCAGAGGCAAGAAAGUGAAGAUAGCAUUGAAGAUUAUUAAUAAGUAUUUCGGACUUUUCGCACCAAAUAUCAUUCAUGGCCACGGAUUUUAAAAAAAUUCGGACCUUUCUAAAUUAUUUAGAACUAGCCACUGAAUAUCAUUUGCCAA